ACCUCCUCCGGCCGCAGCCAAAAAAAAACUUCGUCAUGUUCUAACCUUGAUUCGUUUCGUUUUAUCGACGAAGCAACCAUUCUUUCCCUUAAUCAAAUAAUACUUCCCAUCGACUGUUGUUUUUACUUUGCCCGACUAUUUCUCCCCUAUAUGGGAUAAAUAGAUUUACUGGGACUAGGUAUAAUUUCUGAAGGUAAACGAGCUAUCAGACACGUCCAGAAGCUUUUGCUAUGAUGAACGGAGUCAAUAGCCAUUAUGGCCAGCCAAACCCCUGGCAAGAAUACAAAAGCCCCGAUGGACGCGUCUACUAUUACAAUACUAUCACGAAGGCGACGCAAUGGACGAAACCGGAAGAAAUGAUGUCGCCGGCCGAGCGCGCUUUGGCAAACCAGCCAUGGAAGGAGUAUACCGCCGAGGGUGGUCGCAAGUAUUGGUACAAUACAGAGACGAAGCAGAGUUCUUGGGAAAUGCCCGAGGUUUACAGAAAGGCAUUGGGUCAUGAAACUACACCAUCGACACCCUCGUCUGCUACGCCAUUUACCCCCAAUGCUUCGUUCCCGCCGGCCUCGGGCUAUGAUCACCAUCGCGAAUAUCGAGAGACCUUCCCCGAGUCGCGUCAGUUGACACACGGGAGUGACUUGCGUGUCCAGGCGUUCGUCCCUGCAAGCAACGAACCAGAAUAUGCGACUCCCGAAGAAGCCGAGGCGGCCUUCACGAAGUUGUUGCGCCGCAGCGGCGUACAACCUGACUGGACCUGGGAGCAGACUAUGCGAGCCACGAUCAAGGAUCCCCAGUACCGAGCUAUCAAGGACCCAAAGGACAGAAAGGCUGCUUUCGAGAAGUACUGCCAAGACAUGAUCAUCCAAGACAAGGAACGCGCCAAAGAUCGACUUGCAAAGCUCCGUGCUGAUUUUGCCAUUAUGCUGAAGAGCCACCCCGAGAUCAAGCAUUAUACGCGCUGGAAGACUGCUCGUCCUAUCAUAGAGGGUGAAACCAUCUUCCGCUCUACUAACGACGAAGAAGAACGACGUCAGUUGUUCGAAGAUUACAUCGUGGAGCUGAAAAAAACACACGUUGAAAGCCAAGCCAGCCUUCGUAAGAGUGCCAUGGAUGGUCUCAUCGACCUUCUCCCUAAGCUAAACCUUGAACCCUACACGCGCUGGUCUGAAGCUCAGAAUAUUCUCAAAGCUACCGCCCCCUUCCAGAAUGACGACAAGUAUAAGACUCUCACUAAUUUUGAUAUUCUCACCGCUUUUCAAAAUCAUAUCAAAUCCUUAGAGAGGAGCUUUAACGAAACGCGCCAGAACCAAAGGAAUAAGAAACUCCGAGUUGAGCGAAAGCGACGAGAUGCAUUCACGGACUUGCUUCAAGAGCUUCGUAGAGCUGGUAAGAUCAAGGCAGGGACGAAGUGGAGCCAGGUAUACCCCCUGCUCGAAAACGACGAUCGAUUCAAAUCUAUUUGCGGUCAAGCCGGAUCAAGCCCUCUCGAUUUAUUUUGGGAUGUCGUUGAAGAGGAGGAGCGCGCUCUGCGUACGACAAGGAAUGAUGUGCUUGAUGUGCUUGAUGACAAUCGUUUUGAGUUCACCCCCAAGACCACUUUUGAGGAGUUCUCUUCUAUACUCAAGAAUGAUCGACGCACUGCUAACAUUGAUGGUGAUAUACUGAUGCUGAUCUUUGAACGGCUCCAAGAGAAGAAGUCCAAACGCUCUGAUGAGGACAGACACACCGAACGCCAGCAGCGAAGGGCUGUCGAUGAUCUCCGUUCUUAUAUUAAGCAUGUGGACCCGCCGAUCACUGCAGAUGACACCUGGGAAAAGGUCCGGCCUCGUCUUGCUCGCGCCCCCGAAUUCCAGGCUGUCAAAUCUGAAGAUGCCCGCCGGGGCGCCUUCGAGAAGGUCCUUCGCCGAGUACGAGACCGGGAGGAGGAUGAUAAGGAACGCCAUAAACGUCGCGAGCGAUCGCCUGAUCGUGGCGCUGAUCGUGGUACGUAUCGAGACAGAGAUAGAGGUGACCGUUCUCACCGCAGUGACCGUGCACGACCUCCACGCCACAGCCGUAGCCCGGAACCUGACGCAUAUGAAGCGGACCGUCGUAAGGCCAUCGCCGAGCGCGAGAAGAACUAUCGUAAGUCCAGUAUGGCUGAGAGUCUAUUAUCUGACCGUCGACCAUCGGAUUCCUACCGAGACCGGGAUAUCCGCGAUCGUGACCGUGACCGUGACCGUGACCGCGAUCGUGAGCGGGAUCGGGAUAGAGAACGGGACAGAGAUUACCCCCCUCGAUCCCGACGUGAUGACCCGCCGAGCCACUACGAAAGAGAAAGACGGGACCGCGAAGAGGAGCGCGAACGGUUAUAUCGACGUCGCGUCGAGAGAGCGCCCGUGGAGGAACUACCUUAUGGCGAUGAACGCCCUACCUCCUCUCGACGCCGAAGGGCUGACGAUGACGACGACCUUGAGCGUCGCGACUCUAGAGAUUCAAAGAGACUAAGAAGAGAGAGAACACCGCGUGAGCGUUCCCCCCAUCGUGAGACUCGUCAUAAAACUAGGACUCCGCCAGUUGUUCAACCGCCUUCCAAGGAGGAUACUGGUGUACAUUCGGGAAGCGAGGAGGGUGAGAUUGAAGAGGACUAGCCGCUUAAUCAGUCUACACAGCGUUCUAUAUCACGUGUCAUGGCAUCCUAACACAAACCCAUAACACCGUUCUUUUUAAAGGAAGAUAUGAGAUCACAAACCCUUCACUACAGCCAUCUAACCUUGAUAUAUGCCGAAGCUUCCAUACUUCAGCAUGUCCCCGAAUAAAUAGUGGCCAGUGGAGACUUGGGAUCUCUCCAUUUAAUAC